AUGCAGAAGAGAGUCCUAGACUAUGACACAGACAGGAACCAGGAAGUGACCACCUGCAAGCCCUGCUGCUGUCAAUCAAGUUGCUGCAAGCCCUGCUGCUCUUCAGGCUGCGGGUCUUCCUGCUGUCAAUCCAGCUGCUGCAAACCCUGCUGCUGCCAGUCCAGCUGCUGCAAACCCUGCUGCUGCCAGUCCAGCUGCUGCAAACCCUGCUGCUGCCAGUCCACCUGCUGCAAACCCUGCUGCUGUCAGUCCAGCUGUUGCAAGCCCUGCUGCUGUCAGUCCAGCUGCUGCAAACCCUGCUGCUGUCAGUCCUGCUGCUGCAAGCCCUGCUGCUCUUCAGACUGUGGGUCUUCCUGUUGCCAGUCUAGCUGCUGCAAGCCUUGCUGCUGCCAGUCCAGCUGUUGCAAGCCCUGCUGCUCUCAGUCCUGCUGCUGCAAGCCUUGCUGCUCUUCAGACUGUGGGUCUUCCUGUUGCCAGUGCAGCUGUUGCAAGCCCUGCUGCUGUCAGUCCAGCUGCUGUAAGCCCUGCUGCUCUCAGUCCAGCUGCUGCUGUAAGCCCUGCUGCUCUUCAGGCUGUGGUUCUUCUUGCUGUCAGUCCAGCUGUUGCAAGCCCUGCUGCUGUCAGUCCAGCUGCUGCUGUAAGCCCUGCUGCUCCUCAGGCUGUGGGUCUUCCUGCUGUUAG